UCCUGGUAUGGCGGUCACGGCACAGCAACAGCCCGAUUUCCUAUUAUUUUCAUACAGCACCAUUCUUCUGUUGGGUAGAUUAUUCCAGCGACCGCAUUCGGUCUGGGCUGCUGGCAAGUGUAUCGAAAGCAGUGGAAGGAAAACCUGAUACGGGAACUGGAGCGUAAAAUUCAUUUGCAACCCGUCCCAAUGCCGGACAAUUUAGAUGACCUGAACAGUAUGGAGUACGAGACGGUAACGGUCCGCGGGAAGUUCCUGCACGAUCAGGAACUGCACUUGGGCCCGAGAGGCUGCCUUCAGCAUGGUGAUAGUAAAACGGCCGGUGGCCUGUUCUCGCAGAGGGAAGCGUCGAUAGGAUAUCUGGUGAUAACGCCGUUCAAGCUGGAAGGGCGAGAUGACAAAAUUCUCGUCAACCGGGGCUGGGUACCGAAACGGUAUCUCGAUCCGAAAACACGCCCCGAGGGUCAGAUUGCUGGCACGGUCGAGCUGGACGGUGUGGUUCGGUUGCCCGAAAAUCGACCCCAGUUUACACCCCAGCAACGGGGUGCCAUUUUCCUGUUCCGAGAUGUGCCGAAAAUGGCCGAGCUGCGCGAUACCGAACCGUACUUUAUCGAUGCGACGGCCGCAUCGACCGUGGCGAACGGGCCGGUCGGCGGACAGACGCGCGUCACACUCCGGAACGAGCACCUUUCGUACAUCGUUACCUGGUUCAGCCUGUCAGGAUUCACCACAUGGCUUUGGGUCCGGCAAGUCGUGCGGGGCAAGUCCUUCUAGUCCGACGCGGCCGUUUCCUAAUAA